CACGUUUUUGCAGGUAUCUUGCAUGCUGCAGAUGAAAGGGACUUCAAGACGGCCUACUCUUACUUUUAUGAGGCUUUUGAGGGCUAUGAUAGCAUUGACAACCCCAAGGCCCUCACAGCUCUCAAGUACAUGCUCCUUUCCAAGAUCAUGCUCCACCAACCCGAAGAUGUCCAAUCAAUCAUCAGCGGUAAGCUGGCCUUGAGGUACGCUGGCAAAGAGAUUGAAGCCAUGAAGAGUAUUGCUCAGGCCUCACAUAAUAGAUCCUUGGCUGACUUCAAGCGGACACUGAGGUCAUAUCGAACAGAGCUUGAGGAGGAUCCCAUCAUUCGAGCUCAUCUUGACUCCCUCUAUGACAACAUGCUUGAGCAGAAUCUCUGCCGCAUCAUUGAACCUUACUCACGAGUUCAGGUGGAACACAUUGCCAAGAACAUCCGGUUACCUCAAAGCCAGGUGGAGAAGAAACUGUCCCAGAUGAUCCUUGACAAGAAACUUCAGGGGAUCUUGGACCAGGGCGAGGGUGUGCUCAUCUUGUUUGACGAUGCACCUGAGGACAAGACAUACAAGGCUGCCCUUGAUACCAUAAAUCAUAUGGGCAAAGUCGUGGACACACUCUAUCAUAAAGCCAAGAAACUGACUUAGCCUCAUAUCCUCUCUUUGUAAUAAGUGAAUUCUUUUUUUUCUUCUCUUCUUUCCUCUCUCUCAUCUGGACAUCAUCGCCAGUCAUCAUCAUCAAUAUCUCUGUGAAUGGAUUGCAAGGAUCUGUGAAGGCAGCCGUCUCCCUUUCUUUUCAACUUGACUGUUUUCCUCUCAUAUGGUUGUGAGUGGAUCUCUCAUAUUUACAAAACAUGAGGUUUCUCCUCACUUCCUGUUGUACUUUUUCCACCAUAACCACUUCUCCUUGCAUUCCUCUGGGCUGUUGUCUUGAUUGAAAUCUGGACAUCCCAAGGCUGAUAACAUGAUAGAGGGAGGUGUGCCUUAUGAGACCUGAGCAUGUCUCCUGAAACAAGAGUUUUGUUCAAGAAAUAAAGUAAGGUAUUAUUGAAAAUCUCAA